AUGGUGAGAGAGGCGACUCAAAGUACAUCAGGUACCUUCAGGGAGCCACAACCUUCUGCAACGCCACUUGCUGACGUUGACAAUAUAUUCAAAGAAAUGAUUGUGGGUACCCCUUUAACAGCAAUGGCUGCCACUCCUAGGAUAGACCUGGACAUGAAAUAUAAUAACUACAACCCGGUGCUUGCCAAGAUGACUGAGGCAACGCCGGCACCAUCAACGAUAAAAAAUCCCAAUCCUCAUACUGACAGCCUAAGAGAUGAGAAACAACCUUGGCAAGGUUCGAAAAGGAUAUAG